CAGACUGAAUGUGAUAAUACACUUAUUCACUUCUAGCCCUGCACUUUGCUGAGGUGACACCUUUUCAAAAGAAUCAUUCUGUGAAAUGCUGUGUCACACUGAUCUAUUUACGUGGAGACAGGAGGCAACGGCCACUUCUGAAAUUAACCCUUUCUGAGCCAGGAUGUCAAUGCUACACAUGCACACAGUGUGCAGUUGGCUUGGCUGUGCAGCCCAGUCUAAAUGAAUCAGUUGCUGGUUGAUAUGACUGGAACUGGUGGCCAUUUGGGACAGGGAUGACAAAGCAAUGACCUCAACCAGUCUCACUGCUGAUCUACAAAUCAGACAGAUAGAGGAGGCUCAGAGUGCAAGUGAUUGCAUCACAUUCUCACACUUAAGAAUGUGCACUUUACACAGCAUGGCACACUACUGUGGCCAGGAAAAUAGUCAAACAGUAGGCCUGUUUUUUAGUGAUAUACUCUGGAAGUCUUUGUCAGUGGCAUAGUUGUGUUGAAUGCUGAAUAAGCUUGUGUGUUUGUUACUGUUUUGCAGAUGUAGGCAGUGUUACAACAAAAGUGUAGGAGUUAGUCAUUUUAAAAGAACAUACUGAUGUUGCAGGGUUACAUAAUAAACGUCAACAACUGCCUUCUCUCCGAAGUUAAAAAAGCAGAAGCCCAAAGAUCAAACCUCAUAUGUAGGCUAAUACUCAGUCUAGAUAUGGGGCUGCUCCACUGACUGUAAACUGAUUAUUAUUAUUGUUGUUAUUAUAUAAGUGUGUAAGAUUUUGCAUCAGGGGGAUCUUGAUGUAAUACUUCUGUCCUUAGUUGAGGGUCAGUAAAAUGUCUUUGAGCAUGUGUACAUUAAAUUCUUCUGUUCCCCGUAGCGAAAAGCAGAGAAGUGUCUCACAAUAAACUGGACACUGAAGUGCUACCCAAAGUGGCCCGCAUGACCGUCUCUGGCAAGAAGCAGACCAUGGGCUUUGAUGUUCCAAGCACAGGGGAGAACGGCGUCGUCACAGCUUCAGUACGCCGAGGUGGCAGCCCCGAAAACGCCACUGUGACACCUGCCUCAGAGGCCGCCUCCAAACGUCCUGAAACUCCUUCUAAGGCGUCAAACGGAGACGAGCCCACCACAGUUCCCACUCCAGGCCGGUCCUCUGGAAAGGCCAAGCAGACAAUAAAUGUAAAGGCCGAACUGGAGAAGAGACAGGGGGGCAAACCUCUGUUAAAUUUGGUGGUUAUAGGUCAUGUAGAUGCAGGGAAGAGCACACUAAUGGGCCACCUCCUUUAUCUGUUGGGCAAUGUCAACAAACGCACCAUGCACAAGUAUGAACAGGAGUCAAAGAAAGCAGGCAAGGCUUCUUUUGCCUAUGCUUGGGUCUUGGAUGAAACUGGCGAGGAGAGGGACAGAGGUGUGACGAUGGAUGUGGGCAUGACCAAGUUUGAGACAAACUCUAAGGUGGUGACUCUAAUGGAUGCGCCAGGACACAAAGACUUCAUUCCCAACAUGAUCACAGGAGCUGCACAGGCUGAUGUGGCGGUGCUUGUGGUGGAUGCCAGCCGAGGAGAGUUUGAGGCAGGCUUUGAGGCAGGUGGUCAGACCAGAGAGCAUGCCUUGUUGGUGCGUUCGCUUGGCGUCCUUCAGCUGGCUGUGGCUGUUAACAAGAUGGACCAGGUAAACUGGCAACAAGAGAGAUUCCAGGAAAUUAUAUCCAAACUUGGCCAUUUUCUCAAGCAGGCGGGAUUCAAGGACUCUGAUGUUUUCUACAUCCCCACCAGCGGCCUGUCAGGAGAGAACCUUGCCACCAGGAGUUCGGUAGCACAGCUCACCUCUUGGUACUCAGGACCCAGCCUGCUUGAGCAGAUUGAUGCCUUCAAAGCCCCUCAGAGGUCUGUGGACAAACCUUUCAGACUGUGCGUCUCUGAUGUGUUCAAAGACCAGGGUUCAGGCUUCUGUGUUACAGGGAAGAUCGAGGCUGGUUAUAUUCAGACUGGAGAAAGAAUACUUGCCAUGCCUCCCAAUGAAACGUGCACUGUCAAAGGUAUUACACUGCAUGAUGAGGCUUUGGACUGGGCUGCAGCAGGAGAUCAUGUCAGCCUGACGGUCACUGGCAUGGACAUCAUCAAGAUCAAUGUUGGCUGUGUGUUCUGUGAUCCCAAGGAGCCUAUCCGAGCGUGCACCCGAUUCAGAGCCCGAAUCCUCCUCUUCAAUAUUGAGGUCCCCAUCACACAAGGUUUCCCAGUAUUGUUGCAUUACCAGACGGUCAGUGAGCCAGCUACUAUUAGGAAACUGAUAAGUGUUCUACAUAAGAGCAGUGGUGAAGUCCUCAAGAAGAAACCAAAGUGUUUGGGAAAGGGUAUGAAUGCCAUUGUGGAGAUCCAGACCCAGAGGCCAGUGUCGUUAGAGCUUUACAAAGACUACAAGGAACUUGGCCGCUUCAUGCUGCGCUACGUAGGCUCCACCAUUGCUGCAGGAGUGGUCACUGAGAUCAAAGAAUGAAGACCUUUUCCAUCAACACAGAGCCAGUCAGACCUUGCUUUGGAGACUGCAUGCAGCCAGAAACAAAGUGCAAUUCCUCAAGUGAUGUCACUCAUGAACUUAGAGCGUGACAUUCAUCCAUCUCUCCAUCCAGCUGACCAACACUAACUGCACAGAUACCAACCAUGUGACACAAAAAAAUAUCACAAUGCAUCCACCAGCUCUGACAUCCUAAUGCAGCAACACUGAGCAGACUCCACCGUCAAACAGGCACACUCACCAUCUACACCAACUUUAACAUUUCCACCACAAAAACAACCAUUGCUCUUAAUUCUUUGUUUGAUCGAGCUAAAUCAAUACCUAUAAUCAGACUCCUACAAUGCUGAGAUUUUCUAUGAUUCAUGCAACUGCAGUCUCCUUGAAAGAGCAAUGGCUCAUCAUUUACGUAACAAACCAAACAAGGUGCAGGUAGUGAAACUGGAACUGAGGUGUUUAGAAAGAACAAAUUCCCAUUUUCCAUUAUCUAAAAUUGACAAUGAGGACCCAUUGUACAUUGCAUUUUUUUUUCGUUUUUCAUGAGGCAGAAUUGUCCCCUAAUAAAGCUGCUAAACUGAAACUGGUUCAUUUUAAAUUUAGAUAGAAAUCGAACAUGAGCAAUAAUGUCAUGCAGGAGAUGAAGGCAAAAUGUUUGGUAUUAUUUUUACCUUACCUUAUUGCAUCUCAAAUUGCAUAGCUAUGGGGACAAGGCAACAAAGACAUGUAAAUGUUUACUCUAACAAAGGUAGAGUAGUUUGUGAACAAAAAGGGAAAUUCAAAUGUUCAUCUUUCCCUGGAUAAGGAGUUGGGAUUAUCUUUUAUGUUAUUUAAAGAUAGAUUACUUGAAAUCCUUCCACAAAUGAGAUUUUCAGUAAAGCUUCAAAAUGCUAUUUGAAGGGCUGAUCUGUUUGUUUGUUUUUUUUCUAACAAAGGAAGAGACUGAAGGAGCUGUAUUUCUGUAUCUCCAUGUGUUGUAUCAGAACGGUUGGUGCAAGUUGGUGUGAAGAAAGAUGAUACAAAAUGAACAUGACAUCAAUAACCUG